GAAGAAUAUAAAAUACAUUUCCUGAAUGAGAUGCAAUGCAUCGUUGUAAACCACAUAGCUUACUAUAAAAAGGAAGAGAACCAACAACUAGUAGGUGCAAUUUGUACUACCCAUCAUCUUGAUUUUUCUUUCUCAUUUCAGAAGGCUAUGGAAAACGAUGCCUUGAAUCGUCUCUCUCCACCUUGUGAUGGAGAAAACGGUCACUCUGCCGGAUCCUCUGCUGAGAAGAAGCUGAAAUUGUUUGGUUUUGAACUAAACCCAUGUAACAGAAUCGAUGAAAGCUCUCUCAAAGGCUCAGCAGAAGGAGAUGAAAGUGUGAAUUCUUCGAAUUCAGUUUCUUAUGCAAAAGAUAUUCAGAAACUUUCUUCCAAGGAGAAAAGCUCUAAUAACAAUACUACUGAACCAGAGGACAAGAAGUUCGAGUGCCAAUAUUGUUUCAAAGAAUUUGCAAACUCACAGGCAUUGGGAGGCCAUCAAAAUGCUCACAAGAAGGAGAGAAUGAAGAAGAAAAGGUUGCAGCUUCAAGCCAGGAAAGCCAGCAUCAAUUACUAUCUUCAACCUUUCCAAAACAACCUCGGUUUUGCAUAUCAUGCAGGUUCAGGUACUAAUACUACUACUACUCCAUGGUUUUAUGAUCCAUCAUCAUAUGGAUCAGAGUUCAAAUUCUAUGAAGAAUCCCAGCAGAUUAGCUUUGAUACAUUUGAUCAUCCAGAUGCCCAUCUACAAGGAUCAAAGUGGUAUUCUUUACCACCAAACAACAAUCCCGUCCAACAUGAUUCAUGUAACAGGUUCACUCUAACCCAUAUUGAAAGGUCACAACAUGAAAACAGACCUGUCCUGUUUAAGCCUUCACCUUUGUCUGUUUCAAAGCAGAGCUGUAAAUCUUUGGAUCUUCAAUUAGGUCUUAGCUUUCAGUCGAAUAUAAGAAGCUCCUCUAGAAGUGAGGUAUAAAUAUAUAUAUAUAUAUAUAUAUAUAUAUAUUUAUAGUGAGGUAAUAGUUCCCAGGAGAACAGUUCUACAUAUAUAAAAGGUCCAUAUAGAAUGUCAUUUUCUUUUACAGGCAAUGAUGAUUAUUUCAGUUUUUCCAGCUUCCAAAAACAUGAAAAAAAAAAAAAAAAAAAAAGGUAAAAAAAGGAAAAAAAAGGAUAUGAAACUGAAGUAUAUAACUGAUGGUUGGAUCAAAAGCUCAAGCCGUGAAUUCAAUAUUUCUAUACAAAAACCAGUAGCAGAUUCUGAAGCAGGAAAUGGCAGAUUGGGAAACUUGAUGCCUGAAUUUCAGGUUGAGGGAAAAACAAGGUUGGUGAGGCAGCCAGUGAAAACUACGUUGAAUUUUUUAAUUUUCUGAUUGGUUUCAAACCAAAGAUUUUCAUGUCCUCUGCUGACAAUUAUUUAUUUGUGUUGUAUCGGCAAAUUAAACACUGAUUGAUGAAAAUAUUAUACAUCUUUAACUGUUCCCUUUUGAGAAGAAUCAAUGCUCUUCAUUA